UAUUCCCUGAAAAAUGCCCUCCCAGCCUCCGAGUUUUGUUUCCCUGCCUAAGGGCUCUGCUCUUUGCAACACCGCCAAUGGGAAGAGCCAAACACAGGUCUAGGCUUGCAAGGACGUUGCGAUUGCCCCUGGCAGUUUAAUUAACAUAUGCAGCAUGCAAACGGCUUUCACUCUCAUGAUGCGUGAUCUGCUAUUCCGGGGUGGCCCGGGCGUGUAAGUGGUGAUGACAUUUACCCGCUGUACCUAAUGUACGAGGGCCUAGGGCCUAGCUCCAGGGCCGCAGACACGGGCCUACAGGGGGUGAGCACCGCUUGGGGCUCCAGCUAUCGAUAGUUGUCCAGUGAGCGAGCACAGGCGUGGUAGUUGGAGGUAUCAUGAGCUGGCACCCCACCAUUGACGUGCAUCGUAUUCCGAGUCUCAAGUCACCCAUCCAUCCUCACCGACAAGACAAGAGAUCGAGAGUUAGCCAGGCAAAAAAAGGACUGAGUGUUUCCCCUUAAAACGUUGCAUCGAGUAAAAGGACUGAUUUGUUGGCGUGUGGACCAGGUCCCCUUAUUUCGGAUGAGCGCGUGCGUGUGUCAAAGUGCCCUUCUAGGUAAAUCGGAGAGGCUGGUAUAGACCUUGGUUGUAAGUGGGAGGUUGGGACUCAAGAGGAAGCCUUUCGUUGCAGCCCACCACCAGCCGCUUAAAACUCUUGGUGCAGCGCCCAGAAUUCAACGUUGCCGUUUCUCGUCUCUUUUUUUCCUGCUUGUAAUUGACCUCUUACUAACUCUUGGAAGUUUCUUUUUCCCUGGGAACUUCACCACCAAACCUUACUUAGCCGCUCACUCAUCCGCAUCUCACAGCGACCUUCACUCACCUCCAGUUCCAGUUCCAGUUCCAGUUCCAUCUCAGGCACCAACAAUACUUCCCCGCGACAACGCAGCCGCUUCUCCCGCAUUCCAGAAGCUAAGCUAAGCUGAACUGUUUCACAAGGGACUCAGAUAAAAUCUCGCAACCAGUCUCGGUUCUUACCCAGAUCAAAUUCCUCACCUUGUGCACUCAGCUCAAUUCGAAACUAGCACAAGCUCUGACUGGAAUUGGCCUCAAACACAUCAUCAUUCCGACCUCGGCUGUGCGCCAAUACCUUAGUCAACCAUUCAACAAAAGUGACAACCACAACCAGAAAAAAUUCGCUACAAUGCGCUCCGUGACGAGGCCGCUGCUGCUCCUCGCCGCGGCAGCUCUCUGCUCUGCCAAGCCGCUCCCCAGAGAUGGUCUUCAUGAUCGCGGCUACUCAUAUCUCUUGCAACGAGCAUGUGACUCACCCUGUGGCUCCGAUAAUCAAUACUGCUGUGGCUCUGGCGAGAGCUGCCAAACAUCAAAUGGAGUUGCAAGCUGCGUCGCUGCAAAGGGAGGCUGGGUCGGCGAUUAUACGACUACCUGGACCGAGACCAGAACUUACACCAGCACAAUCAUGACCCGCUGGGAGCCUGCUCCAGAGCCUACAAAGGGCGUUGACUGUGUGCCCACGAACGAUGAGCAAGAAGCAUGCGGUGAGAUCUGCUGCGCUGGCUGGCAGACCUGCGCGUUCAUGGGUCAAUGCUCUGCAAAGCCUGGUUACGAGGAGCCCACCGCUGUUGUGAUUACCACUGAUGGAAAGAUCACCACCCAAUACUCGGCUCCUUAUCGAGUCACUGGUACCACCACCAUCACAAACAGCGGUGCGCCCACCGAGUCCGGGACUGCAACUGAGACUGAAUCCGAGGCUUCUGCAACGGCCACUGAGACUAGCGAGGGCGCCGCAGCUGGCGAGACCGGAACUGGUGGUGGUGGCCUGAGUGCCGGUGCCAUUGCUGGUAUCGUCAUUGGCGUCAUCGCUGGUGUUGCGCUUCUCCUUCUCCUGUGCUUCUGCUGUAUUGCCCGUGGUCUCUGGGUUGCCCUCUUUGGCAAGAAGGACAAAGAGAAGAGCGAGCGUGUCGAUGUCUACGAGGAGCGAUACUCCCGCCGCGGCAGCCGACCACCUCCUUCGGCCUCGGCCCACUCCCGUCGUCCUCGACACAAGGGCUGGUUUGGUAUGGGUCGCCGUGGUUCCCCGUCUUCGGCCGGUGAUCGUCGUGAGAAGAAGUCAGAUGGUAAGAAGUGGCUCGGCAUUGCUGGUCUCGCGGCCACACUCCUUGCUCUCCUCAAUCUCAAGAAGGAUAAGCGACCAGCGAGCACCAAGCCCGCGCGCUCAUCUCGAGGAUCAUCGCGAUCGCGGUAUAGCGACUCUUAUUACUCAUACAGUGACUACACCAGUCCCAGUAGCUCAAGCUCAGGUGGACGAACGAACCGCACUCGUCGCACAAGAGACAGCCGAGCGAGGUCGUAUUACUCCCGCGACAGCAGGCGAUGAAGUCUUUAAAUCCCCGCUCCUCAUCCUUUUAUCCCCAUUCGUCACAUAUAUACUCCCCAUCCUGUACAUGUCUCUGCAUUUGACAUAAGGAUUCGAGCCCACAUUGUACACACCCGACUUGCCGCUUCACACAUUAAGGCUACUGGCGUUCCUGGUUGUUCACAUAUUAUGGUAUUCUGUUGAUAUUUUUGCGGCCUCUGCUUUUUUUAUUCUUUUCCCCGUUCACCCCAUUUCACCAUUGAUGUUGUUAUUUUACCCACGCAUUCAUGGAUGGUUAAUGCUGCUGCUUUUUGUUACUCAAGAGAUCACGUCACGAAGUGAAUUGAAGAAGACUAGAUGAAAUGACUCACAAUGAAAGUCAAGAAGGAAAAUUACGAGUUUGAUAUAAAAGAUGAAUAUACUGACGAGGCAUGUCUUAAUGCAAAUGCGAGUCUCAUUUUUCACAUGCAACUUUUGAUCAUAAUCUUUCUCCCCCAUCAAUCAGAGACAGCCAUUGAUGUGCGAAUCAAAGUUCUGGACUCAUGAUGCAUUGACUCAUUUUACCAUUCAGUGAAUUGGAUAGAAUAGAUCUUGCGGUAGCCGACUUCACGAUAGACAAAAAAACGCUGUGUGGGUUCCCAGGCAGACAAUGUGCGCAUUGGAAAAUGAUUAAACGCCUUUUUUUCUUCUUGUCGCAAAACACCCGAAACGAACCCUCGUCUAAAAGCCGGCCCUUUUUUGCUCCUAAAAUGGUCACAUGCACGAAUGAACAGAUGAGAUUCGAUUCGUUGGCGAGAUUCAAGUGUUUGUCAACACCAGAGUCAUCAUCUCUUUGCUUUUUUGAAAUUUGUUUUGUAGCCCUUUUUUUGCUACAUGACAUGCAACGAUGAACCCUUCGCCACUCCUGAGACCCAGAAACGCAAAAGAAACAAGAUCCGUGUCCGUACCCGCGCUUAUUCGUCCUGGACAAUGUUGCCCUUCUCGGAGACGUACAGACCGUCAAGGAACUAGGCCAAUCAGUAAGAGUCGGGAAGAGAAACAGUGUGAUGCUAUGUCCUACCUUUCGGAUAUCCUUGUUUCGCACCCGGCAGAUCUGCUGGAUAUCGGCGGCACUUUGCGACACGUUCUCCAGAGAGUUACCAGAGAGGACGAGCUCAUCCUUCUGGGUGGUGGAAGCCUCAACAUCGACACCAGGGUGCAUGACAAUUCGGCGAACAAGCUUCUCGCCGAUGAAGUUUCGGAUCUCAACCUCGUACAGGUCGGUCUCGGCGUUCUUGGAGACGUUGACGUUGAUGGGGAAAUGGGCGUAGACGUAUCGCAUCUUGUACUUGAAGCCCUUGGUGACACCAAUGAUCAGGUUGUUGAUGAGGGUUCGUACAGUUCGGAGGGUAGCGACAUUCUUGCGGACACCGUGGUGAAUCUCGAUGGAGAUCUGGUUCUUCUUGGGGACGGUGAAGUUGACAGCCAGGUGGCUGAGAUCCUUGACCAGCUUGCCGCGGGGGCCCUCAACGGUGACAAUUCGCGACUUAAUGCUGACCUUGACUAUAUAGAGAAAACGAGUCAGUGUUUCCGUCCUUGUGAGUUGUAGAUUCUCGUUUCGACGCUCGUGGAUAAUCCCCUCGGAAAUUGCCAGAGUGC